CAGAAAACUGCCUUCGUUGUAUUAUAUUUGAAUAGUUUGGAAUCAGAUGAAUUCUGGGAGUGGAAGAAGAAGAACCCAAACAGUGCUGGUGCUUUCGAUUCCCGCGGUUUCUGAACGCGGAAAUCGAAAGUUAUCAGACAUUGAUUAUCCAAAUCUCUGGUUCAAAUCCCGGAAGAAAAACCGGAGAUUUGGAUUUACUCCGUGAUUCUGAAUAAUCUCUCUCUCGUGUUCUUUCGAUUUUAUGGGAACUCCGGAGUUUCCCGAUCUCGGCAAGCAUUGCAGCGUCGACGAUUGUAGGCAAAUUGAUUUCUUGCCGUUCACCUGCGAUCGUUGCAAACAGGUAUUCUGUUUAGAGCAUAGAAAUUAUGUUAAGCACCACUGUCAAAAUGCCAAUAGACAGGAUGUCAAAGUUGUCAUCUGUCCCCUCUGUGCUAAAGGAGUCCGCCUGGUUCUUGAUGAAGAUCCAAACAUUACUUGGGAGUCACACGUGAACACUGACUGUGACCCAUCAAACUAUGAGAGAACAACAAAGAAAAAAAGAUGCCCUGUCCCUCGUUGCAGAGAAUCUCUGACGUUCUCGAACACGAUCAGGUGCAGGGAUUGCAACAUCGAGCAUUGCUUGAAGCACCGCUUUGGACCUGAUCACAAGUGCCCAGGACCUAAAAAACCUGAUGCAGGCCUCCCAUUUAUAGGCCUCUUGACGAGAAGUCUGACAGAAGAUUCCCGAUCUAUCCGCAAUGCAUCUGCAUCAUCACUAAAUUGGGCUACAAGCUUUGUCAAUGUGGCUUCAACUGUCCGAGCCUCAGCUGAAGCUGGUAUGGCCAAGUUGAGUCUUGCAACUAGCCAAGCAUUGCAGAUGGCAAAGGACGGGAUUGGACCAAGCAACAGUGACAGCAAUGGACUGGUGGAAGAGUGUCCAAAGUGUCAGGCAAGGUUCAAUUCUGUGAUUGCUUUGGUAGAGCAUGUUGAAAAAGUUCAUGAAAAAGCAGGUGAUCGAGCUGGUGUUAAGAAGGUGAGAAUUGAUGCCUGCCCCAAAUGUAGUAGAGGAUUCUGAGAUCCAGUAUCCCUGGUAGAGCAUGUUGAGAGAGACCAUGGUGGGACUUCUAAAGCAUGAUAGAUAAUGUAUCAAAUUGCCCGCCAUUGGUUCGAUUUGUAUAAUACAUUUAACAUGGAAUGAUUGUACCUGUUCUCUUCAAUUUUUUCAAGGAAACAUGGGAACAUCUCCUAUAACCUUCAAGUCACAGAAUUUGCUGAAGUCCUGCCUUCAGAUGAAAUGGAUGCUUCUCUGGUCCUGUGUAUUAAAUGGUGAGAUCCAGCAACCUGUGAUGUUGGUUUGUCAAUAUUUGAAUUUAAGAAAACUGCAAAGUUCUUGUCUUUCUUACCAUACAUAGCUUUUUAGGUCUAAGGUUCUGAUU